CAGGCGGGAGCCAAGUCACAGCCUCCCCGCAAGGGAGAAAAGAGUUAACUCCGUGUUGAGGCCUGACAGUUCUGCGUGUCGAGCAAGAACCGUCCUAUUUGUCGUGUUCUUCCUUUCUCCUGCCUGGCCAAAUCCGUGUAGCUCAGAUGACAGCGUGAGGAAUAGAAGACGUAACUUUCCCUCGGUGUCUGUGCCCCUGAGCAGCACAAAGGACAUGAAAGGAAAAGAGAGUGGAAAUGAGAAGGUUAUGGCAGAGAACCAGUAGAGUGUAUUGUAACCAUCCAGUCCUUCUUCAGCUGCUUUCCCUUGGGUGGGCCUGAAUGAAGACAAAUGUAAAGAUGGCAUGUCCAAGGAAUUUUAAAAGGUGUAGACCUCCUGACUGAGCAGUGCUGUGUUUUUUAUUCUCUUUAAUUAGUAAACUGCUGUUCUCUCACAGGUGAAAGUCAUGAUCACGCUAACAGAACUCAAAUGCUUAGCAGAUGCCCAGUCAUCCUACCACAUACUAAAACCAUGGUGGGAUGUCUUCUGGUAUUACCUCACCAUGAUAAUGCUGCUAGUCGCUGUGCUUGCUGGGGCUCUCCAGCUUACUCAAACCAGAGUAUUGUGCUGUCUUCCUUGCAAGCUAGAAUUUGACAAUCAUUGUGCUGUGCCUUGGGAUUUAGUUAAAGCCAACCUUAACAUGUCAGCUAGCUCGACGGCACCGAUAAUCAUCCCGCUUAAAAUCCAGAAUUAUCUCCAUCGGCAGCAGUAUUCCUACAUCGAUGCAGUAUGUUAUGAGCGACAGCUUCACUGGUUUGCCAAAUUUUUUCCAUACCUAGUGCUUUUGCAUACCUUUAUUUUUGCAGCUUGCAGUAAUUUCUGGCUUUAUUAUCCCAGUACAAAUUCCAGGCUUGAGCACUUUGUAGCCGUUCUUCAGAAGUGCUUCGACUCUCCCUGGACAACGCGUGCCCUCUCAGAAACAGUUGCUGAGCAGUCUGCGAGGAAGUUGCCGAUAGCCAAGUCAAAAACAGUGAUUUCAUCACCUCAGUGUUCAGGAGACAUAGGGGCCAGCAGACAGUCCCUGCCAUAUUCACAACAUGGCUUGGAAACGACUGGAAGAGAAAAUUCCAGUGUUCUUGACAAAAAAGAAGGGGAACAAGCUAAAGCUAUAUUUGAAAAAGUGAAGAAAUUCAGAGUACAUGCCGAAGAAAAGGAUGUUGUAUACACAGUGUACAUGAAACAGAUUAUAGUGAAAGUCUUUGUAGUUGUCAUAAUAGUAAUUUAUGUCCCCUACUAUUUAUCAUUUAUUACACUUGAAAUUGAUUGUGUAGUUAAUGUUCAAGCCUUUACAGGCUACAAAAGAUACCAGUGUGUUUAUUCGCUAGCAGAAAUUUUUAAAGUCUUGGCUUCAUUUUAUGUUGUUUUGGUGAUCUUCUAUGGAUUAACUUGUACUUACAGUUUGUGGUGGAUGUUACGAAGUUCACUUAAGCAAUACUCUUUUGAGAAGUUGAGAGAGAAAAGUAAUUACACUGAUAUACCUGAUGUGAAGAAUGACUUUGCAUUUAUUCUUCACUUGGCAGAUCAGUAUGAUCCUCUUUAUUCCCAACGAUUCUCAAUAUUCCUGUCUGAUUUGAGUGAAAAUGAACUCAAACAGAUAAAUCUUAACAAUGAAUGGUCAGUGGAAAAACUGAAAAAUAAACUAGUAAGAAACUCCCAAGACAAGACUGAACUUCACCUUUUCAUGUUAAAUGGUCUUCCAGACAGUGUCUUUGAACUGACAGAAAUAGAAGUUCUAAGCCUGGAACUUAUUCCUGAAGCCAAACUUCCUUCAGCUGUGACCCAGCUUGUCAAUCUCAAAGAACUCAAUGUUUAUCAUUCAUCACUAACGAUGGAUUAUCCAGCAGUCAACUUUUUAGAAGAAAAUCUGAAAACCUUGCGUUUGAAGUCUAGUGAGAUGGGAAGAAUUCCAUUUUGGGUCUUUCAUCUAAAAAACCUACAAGAAUUGUGUUUAACAGGAUAUUUCAUGCUAGAUCAUCACAACUCCAUAUACAGUGAUGGCUUUCAGGGGCUAAAAAAUCUGAGAUCGAUUCACUUAAAAAACAACCUUUCCCGUAUACCUCAAGUGAUUACAGAUCUUCUGCCUUCUUUACAACACUUGUCUAUCAACAAUGAGGGAAAUAAACUGAUAGUGCUAAAUAACCUGAAGAAGCUGGUAAACCUGAGAACCUUGGAACUAAUCUGCUGUGAUUUAGAGCGCAUUCCCCAUUCCAUUUUUACCCUAAACAAUUUGCAUGAAAUUGACUUAAAAGAAAAUAAUCUCAGAACAGUGGAAGAAAUAAUUAGUUUCCAGCAUCUUAAGAAUCUUUCUUGCUUAAAAUUGUGGCACAACAGUAUUUCAUAUGUCCCAGUGCAGAUUGGUGCAUUAUCAAACCUGGAACAGUUGUAUCUAAAUUAUAAUAAUAUUAAGAAUGUUCCAUUGCAGCUAUUUCUUUGUAGAAAGUUACACUAUUUGGAUCUUAGCUAUAAUAAGCUAACCUCCAUCCCUGAAGAAAUCGGUUAUCUGACCAACCUGCAGUACUUGGCUUUGACAAAAAACCAUAUUGAAAUGCUGCCUGAUGGAUUAUUUCAGUGCAAAAAGCUGCAAUUUCUUCUUCUGGGAAAUAACAGUCUGAUGAAUUUGUCCCCUUUUGUGGGUCAGCUACUGAAUCUUGUUCAGUUAGAGCUCAUUGGAAACUAUCUUGAAUCACUUCCUGCUGAACUGGAAGAAUGUCAGCUCUUAAAGCGAAAUAAUCUAAUUGUUGAAGAAAGGUUGUUAAAAACACUUCCACCUCGUGUGAGAGAGCGUUUGCAGGCAUGCUCAGAUAAGUCCUAAGUUUAAAAUGAAACUCUGCAUUGUUGCAUUCUACAAGUCUUGCUUAAUAUCUCUCUAAAGAUCUGUAUAGGUAGAGAGGAGUGAAGGAGAGAGAGCAAUUUACAAAUCAGUCUUAAACUUAAAAACAUUGAACUGAGUUGAUUGUAUUGGAAAAGAAAAAUUUAUUCAGAUUCAAACAAAAGAUGCAGCCUUUUACAGGUAAACAUGUUUGAAUCUUGGAACAUGAAUUGUUAGGUUGUACUGAUUGAAAAAAUUCAGCUAAAUGUUUAUGGUAGUAAAAAAAAAGAAGGGAUGAUUGUCUGGCUAUAGUGAGAGUGUAUAUACUUUUUUCCUAUGAGAAUUUUUUCUGUUGAUAGUGAUGAUUAAAAUAGUUUUAUUCCUGCCUUAUGAGGUCUAAGAACUGUCUGGAAUUAGUUUCUAAAUAUGAACUCUUCUCUAACUUAGGAUGUAUUAAAUUAAGAGUUUAAACUAUUUGAGCAGUUUAAUUGCAUGGGGUAUAUGGAAAGUAAUUUUUCAACAUAAUUUUUAAAAGCUUUUGACAAGUACUAAGCAUUAGUUCUAUAAUUGUGGAAGAUGCCAUUUGAAUCUUGCUAUUAAAUAACUAGAACUGGUUUCAGCAUUUUAUCUUAAAAAUAGUAAAUACAGAAUUAAUUGUUGCCUAGAAACUGGGAAGAAUCAGAAGAAUCUGAAGUAACUGUUGUGCGCAUGUCCUAGAGAACCAGCCUUACUUUACUGCUCUUCAGAAACAAUGGUGGCAAAUGGAACACAGUAUGGUUGCAAAGUUGUCUUCUGUAUGUUGUGAGCAUCCCAGGUGUUAGUGUAGUGUAUGUUGCUGAUUAAUAUUUUUAUAAUAACUUCUCAUUACUGGCUGCCUCAGUGCAGCUUCUCCACACCCAGUUACUGGGGAGAGGAUGAAGGAGGUUUGAAGUUUGUAUUAGAUAGGGACAGAAAGACACAGAUAAAACAAACUAAAUAAUCACACAACUUAUAAGCAUUUGGGAGAAAAAGACAGGAAGCAUUAUAAGCUUUGCCUCUUCUAGGGAUGUAAUAAUAUCAUAAAUCAUAGUGGUGGGAUAAACUCUUAUGCCAUCCUUAAUACUUGCAAAACUGGAUGGAAAUAAAAUGUUUCCUGACUUCA